AUGCUGCAUUUGAGCAAGGGUGAUUUUGUGUGGGUAGACUCUGGCGUUGGGGUGCCGAUCGGGGCCGAGGUCAAGCUGACAGACACCGGGCAGAUGAAGCUGAUCGAUGAUGAAGGAAAGGAGCACAAGAUCAACAAAAAUACAGAGAACACCAUCCGGCCCAUGCACCCCACUUCGGUGAAGGGUGUGGACGACAUGAUAAGGCUCGGUGACCUCAACGAGGCGGGGCUCCUCAGGAACCUCCUGGUGCGGCACAAGGAGGGCAUCAUCUAUACAUACACAGGCUCCAUUCUGGUUGCAGUCAACCCUUACCAGCUGCUGCCCAUCUACACCACCGAGCAGGUGCACCUGUACACCGAUCGGCGACUGGGUGAACUGUCCCCGCAUGUCUUCGCCAUUGCAGACAGCUGCUUUUUCAACAUGCGCCGCCACCAAAAGAACCAGUGCUGUGUCAUCAGCGGGGAGUCGGGAGCGGGGAAAACCGAGAGCACCAAGCUGAUGCUGCAGUUCCUGGCUGCUGUGAGUGGCCAGCGCUCCUGGAUAGAGCAGCAGAUUCUUGAAGCCAACCCUAUUUUGGAGGCCUUUGGUAAUGCCAAAACCAUCCGCAAUGAUAACUCCAGUCGCUUUGGCAAGUACAUCAACAUCAACUUCACCAAGAGCGGGGCCAUCGAGGGGGCCCGCAUUGAGCAGUACCUGCUGGAGAAGUCCCGUGUGUGUCGUCAGGCACCAGAGGAAAGAAACUACCACAUCUUUUACUACAUGCUGAUGGGAAUGCCAGCAGAGCAGAAGAAGAUUCUCUCCCUGGGGAAUGCUGCUCAGUACAAUUAUCUGACUAUGGGGAACUGCACCAGCUGUGAGGGACGGGACGACAUCAAGGAAUACGCCCACUUCCGCUCAGCCCUGAAGAUCCUGAUGUUCACAGAGAAUGACUCCUGGGAAAUCUCCAAACUACUCGCUGCCAUACUUCACCUGGGCAACGUGGACUUUGAAAGCACCAUAAUUAAUAACCUGGAGGGCUGUGACAUCCGUAAAUCAUCCCACUUCAGCAUGGCCAGUCAGCUUCUGGAGGUGGAUCCCAAAGCUUUGGAGAACAGCCUGACUCAGCGCUCCUUCAUGACCGCCAGGGAGAGUGUGACCAAAUCGCUCACCUCCGCUCAGGCCACGGACGGCAGGGACGCCUUUGUCAAAGCCAUUUAUGGAAGACUUUUCCUCUGGGUGGUGGACAAAAUCAACGCUGUGAUCUUCAAGCCGCCGCCUGAGGACUCUAAAGACGUCCAGCAGUCAAUAGGCUUGCUUGACAUCUUCGGCUUUGAGAACUUCAAGAUAAACAGCUUUGAGCAGCUGUGCAUCAACUUCGCCAACGAGCAGUUGCAGCAGUUCUUUGUCAGGCAUGUUUUCAAGUUGGAGCAGGAGGAGUACACCCGCGAAAACAUCGUCUGGACACACAUUGAGUACAACGACAACCAACGCACGCUGGAUGUGCUGGCCGGCAAGCCCCUCAACAUGCUGGCCCUCAUUGAUGAGGAAAGCAACUUCCCCAAGGGCACAGAUACCACUAUGUUGCAGAAAAUGAAUCAGGUGCAUGGGAAGGGGAAAAUCUAUCUUCCCCCCAAGAACAACUAUGAGACACAUUUUGGAAUCCAGCAUUUUGCUGGCGUGGUCUUCUAUGAUUCAAAAGGUUUUCUUGAGAAGAACCGUGAUGCACUCAGCCCAGAUCUGAUACAGCUGGUGCAGACCUCCUCCAGCAGUCUCCUCAAACAGACUUUCCAUAAUGAACUGGCCUCCAAUACAGUCAAGAACAGCGCAAACCCCAAGAUGAUCAUCACCACACCCAAGAACUCCCUCCGGCAGGGAAAUGAUACAAAGAAGCGUGUGCCAACUUUGACUGGCCAAUUCCGUCAGUCCCUGGACGCCCUGAUGAAGACGCUGACUGCUUGCCAGCCUUAUUUCAUACGCUGCAUCAAACCCAACGACUACAAAAAGCCCAUGCUGUUCGACAGAGAGCUGUGUAUGCGUCAGCUCCGUUACUCUGGCAUGAUGGAAACAAUCAAGAUCCGAAAGGCUGGAUAUCCCAUACGCUACACCUUUGAUGAGUUUCUGGAUCGUUACCGUGUCCUGCUGAAAACUUCCCUCUGUGAUCCCAAGACAGAAACUAAAGAGAAAUGCUGUGAAAGCAUUUGUGAGAAUGUGCUCUCAGGAGAAGGUGACUGGAAGACUGGCAAGACAAAAAUAUUUCUCAAGGACUUCCAUGAUACCAUGCUCGAACUGGAGCGUAUGAAAGAGCUAAAUGAGAAAGCACUCUUGAUCCAGAGAGUUUUGAGAGGCUACAAACACAGGAGAAACUUCCUGAGGAAAAAGGCAGCGGCCCUCGUCAUUCAGAAGCACUGGAGGGGACACAAGGGCAGAAAGCUGUACAAAGUGGUCCAACUGGGCUUUGCUCGGCUGCAAGCACAGGUGCGCUCUCGCCAGAUGCAUCACCAGUACAGGAAGGAGCGAGAGGCGGUCAUUGUGCUCCAGGCUCGUUCCAGAGGUUUCCUGGCCAGAAAAGAGUGGAAACGCAAAAGGAAUGCUGUGAUCCUCCUGCAGGCACAGACCAGGGGCAUGCUGGCAAGAAAGGCUCUCAGAAAGAUGAAAAGAGAUAUGUACCUCUCUGCCAAGGAAAAACAAGCAGAGGAGUUGGCCAGGUUUGAGAGACAGAGACGCUUGGAGGAUGUGCUGAGGCAGAAAAGAGAGAUGGAGGCCAAAGCCCAAUCAGAAGUUAUUACAGACCAGGAAAUGGUGGACACUAUCUUUGGCUUCCUCCCCACUGUGGUUGGAGGGCAGGAGGGGCAGGCACCUGUUGGAUUUGAGAAAUUUGAGAAGAAAAGGGCAGUGAUUGAAGAGAUAGACAUAGAUGACUUGCCAAUGAUGGAGGACAUUCCCAAGGAAGAUUAUGAUGAUCUGGAUGAGUACUCCUUCUCCAAGUUUGCCUCAAUGUACUUCCAGGGUGCCGCCACCCCCACCCACAUCCGCCAGAGGCUUAGACAGCCCCUGCUGUACCACGAGGACGAAGAAGACGUCCUGGCUUCACUGACACUGUGGUGGAUCAUUCUGAGGUUCAUGGGAGAUCUUCCUGAGCCUAAAAAGCAGGUCCAGGUCCGCAACAUCCCCAUGCAAGACCACCGUCUCCCAGAGGACCUGGUCUCCAGAAAGGACAGACGUCUCAGCCACAUGGUGGGCUUGGAUCAGAGGGUGCUGAGGAAUAAAAAAGUGCCUGAGGAGGCACCACAAAACAGAAAGGCCUCCAUUUUCACAGACCUACUGACAAGAAACAGGAAGGCUUCCGCUGUGCCCAAUGAGAUGGCACAAAAUCGUAAAACAUACACUGCACCGGAAGCGAAUCCCCGAGCCAGGAAAGGAUCCACAUUCACUGACCUGCUGGUUAGGAAUAGAAAGCCAUCUACCAUUCAAGAAAAUGGAAUCCCAGAAUCCUCUGCCCGGACCAGGAAGCCAUCUGUCAUCAUGGAGGAGUCAGAGGAUCAGACUGAUUCGCCCAAACCUUUCACCAUGCAGACUGUCAAUGAGGAGAGUGAGGUCACGAUCGGAGAUGGACCCACACUAGACCGGCCCAUGACGUCCCUUGAAAAACUUCACAUCAUUGUGGGAUAUGGCAUUGUCAGACGUGAUCUCAGAGAUGAGAUUUACUGUCAGAUCUGCAAGCAGCUUCAGGAGAAUGAUAACCGCAGCAGCUACUUCCGCGGUUGGAUCCUGCUGUCUCUCUGUGUGGGCAUUUUCCCUCCAACCGAGCGCUUCAGUAAGUACCUUCAAAGUUUCAUUCGUUUUGCUCCUGGAGGCUAUGCUCCCUAUUGUGCUGAGAGGCUGCGGCGCACUGUGAUGAAUGGAGUGCGUGGGGAGCCUCCAAGCUGGUUGGAGCUGCAGGCAACCAAGACAAAAAAGCCCAUGACUGUGUCUGUGACCCUGAUGGACGGCCGAGCGCUCAGCCUGCCUGUUGACUCAGCGUCUACCUCCAAAGAAGUCUGCCAAAUCCUGUCCCACAAGCUCAAACUCAAAGACACCUUUGGCUUUUCUUUGUAUGUGGCCAUGUAUGAAAAGGUGUGGGCUCUGGGCAGUGGCCGGGAGCAUGUGAUGGAUGCCAUCUCCCAGUGUGAGCAGGAGGUGCGGAGAAAAGGUGGGCAGGAACAGCAUGCUCCCUGGCGCCUCUGCUUCCGUAAGGAGAUCUUCACUCCGUGGCAUGACUGCAAAGAGGACAGCAUCAGCACAGACCUCAUCUACAGACAGGUUGUCCACGGUCUGAAGUUUGGAGAGUACCGAUGUGAACGGGAGGAUGAUUUUGUACAGCUUGCAGCAAAACAUUUAUACAUCCAACAUGGCACAGACGGCAGUCCAGAAAAUGUAAAGGAAGCUGUUCAGGACUGCAUCAACAGCUCUCUGUUGGAGGCCAAGUCAGAGGCCAAAUGGUUGCAGAUGGUCAGCACUGCACACGCUCAGGGCCAGUAUGUUAGUUCAAGAGAGAAGGCAGUUCGUGUGAAGGCAGAGGUGGUCGACUACGCCCGUCAGAAGUGGCCCAUGUUCUACUCCAGGUUCUUCGAAGUUGUCAAGCUUUCAGGUCCUCCUCUGCCCAAGAGCAAGUUCAUUGUGGCCAUUAACUGGACUGGGAUCACAUUCCUGGACGAGAGAGAGAGGAGGCUGGUGGAGCUCUCCUUCCCAGAAGUCAUUGGGGUCAACACCACAAGGGAGGGUAAAGUGUCUGUCCAGUCUGUGAGCCUCCUGACACUGAAAGGAGACUUCACCCUGAGCGGAUCGAUGGCUGAGGACAUGGCAGAGCUCGUUCACAUGUUCCUUAGUGGCCUGAGGGAUCGCUCUCAGUACGCUGUGACCUUAAAGGAAGUCAGCAAGCAAGAUGAUCCCACAUUCCUGAGCUUCACGAAAGGAGAGCUCAUUAUCAUAAUCAAAGAUGAUGACUAUUCUCCUGGGCGCGGCUGGAUAAAGGGCCAAAACGAGCGGGGGCGGACAGGAGCCAUCCCCACAGAGGCCAUCUUGGUCCUACCCACCCUCAGUAAACCCACAGAUGAAGUCAUGGGCCUCAUCAACCUGUCUCCUAACCAGAGGAGGAAUAUGAUACAGACCACCCAGACAGAGACGGGCACAGUGGGGAGACUGGCCCCUUUCACUUUGAAAGAAUUCUCCCUCGAGUAUUUCAGGCAAUCCACCAAGGAUGUGAACCGCCAGGUGAUUUCCAAGAACGUGGCCCCUGAGAGGCUGUGGGCUCAUUCCAGGGAGCCGCUCAGACAGCCGCUCCUCAAGAGGCUGGCGGGCAACUCCGAGCUCAGCCACAGAGCCUGCCUCACCUUCACCGCUAUCCUGAAGUAUAUGGGAGAUUACCCCACCAAGCAGAUCCAGAAUCCUCUCGAGCUCACCGACCAGAUCUUCGGCCCGGCCACUGAGAACGAGGCGCUCAGGGAUGAGAUCUAUUGCCAGAUCAUGAAGCAGCUGACCAGCAAUAACAACCGGUUCAGUUUGGAGCAGGGCUGGCAGCUGCUGUGGCUGUGCUGUGGCCUGUUUCCUCCCAGUCAGUCCCUCCUCAAACACACUCAACGCUUCCUGGAGACGCGGCGCAGAGAGACGCUGGCCUCGGACUGUCUGCAGCGGCUGCAGGGCUCACUGAGGAUGGAGCCCAGGAAGCUGCCACCGCACCAGGUGGAGGUCGAUGCCAUCCAACAGAACAGCACGCAGAUCUUCCACAAAAUUCACUUUCCCAAUGACUCAGAGGAGAUAUUUGAGGUGGCGACCAGCACCAGGAUCAGAGACCUCAUCCGGACAAUUGCAAAGCAACUCAAUCUGAUUUCAGCAGAAGGCUUCAGCAUUUUUGUCAAAACACCUGACAAGGUUCUCAGUUUGAAUGACACAGACUACUUCUUUGACAGUCUGAGACAGAUCACCGACUGGUCCAAGAAAGCCAAGAGGGUCAAAGAUGGGGGACCAGUAAACAUAUCCUACCUUGUGUUCUUCAUGAGGAAGUUGUGGUUCAAUGUGAUGCCUGGUAGAGAUCCAGAGGCUGACCUUAUCUUUCAUUACGCUCAGGAGCUGCCUAAGUACCUGAGAGGGUAUCAUGUUUGCACCAAGGAGGAUAUGGUCAACAUUGGGGCUCUGCUCUUCAGAGUGAAGGUCAACAACGACAAGAACCAGUUUGUCAUGAUCCCCAAGAUGCUGAAGGAGCUGGUGCCAAAUGACCAGCUGAAGGCCAUGUCUGAAAAUGAGUGGAAGAAGAAUAUUUUUGCCACUUACAACAAACAAGCCGGCAUGACUGUUGAAGAUGCCAAGGUGGGGUUUUUGAAGGCGGUUUGCCGGUGGCCGACGUUUGGCUGUGCAUUCUUUGACGUGAAGCAAACAUCAGAACCAAACUUCCCAGAUAUUGUGCGGAUUGCCAUCAGCAAACAAGGAGUCACAAUCAUACACCCUAAAACCAAGGAUAUCCUGGCAACCCACCCAUUCAACCGCAUCGCUAACUGGUGCAGCGGCAGCACCUACUUCCACAUGACUCUUGGCAAUUUAGUCAAGGGGAGCAAAUUCUUGUGUGAAACUUCACUGGGCUACAAGAUGGACGACCUUAUAACGUCCUACGUCAAUAUGUACCUCAAAGAGGGGAGGGCGCUGCAAACCAGGACCCAGCGUCUCAACAUUUGAGCUGCAGAAGAAGGAGCAUGAACAUAAUGCCACUUGUGGUCAGUCCUGUAACUG